AUGUUCUCCCGUUUCGUUUCACUCGAAACAUCCAUUCGGACUACAUUAGCACUCAUUGACAAACCCAUUGAAGUGCUAUCACCAGAAGAAUGGGUUAUAGCAGCAGAAAUUACUACUGCCUUACAACCCAUGAAAGAGGUAACGGACCACAUAAGUGGCGAAAACUAUGUGACAGGGUCCUCUAUUAUAAUUUUAAUCCAAGGAAUUUUGGAUUUAUAUAACAAUAUGAUUGAGGAAAAUCCCAAUUUUUCUUCAUCAGUUAAAUUGUUAAUUAAUAAAUUAAAGGAGGGACUUGAGGGUCGCCUGGGAAAUUUGCAGGGAAGCAAAACCCUUGUCACAGCUACGUUCCUCGAUCCUAGAUUCAAAAAUAUAGCUUUCCCAUCAGAAAAAAUAGCCGAAACAGCAAAAAAAAACAUCAUAAAUUUGGUGGCCAGCCAAAUUAAUCAAGAUUUAGGAGAAGAUCCUUCAGGUGAUACAGUUGAAAUGAGUAGUGAUACUCCUUCGACAAGUUCCACUCUUGUAAAGAAGCUCGCUGCAUUUAAUACAUACAGACGAAUUGCAGCUAAUUAUAAGCCAGCUGGGACCCCGAUGUCAAGGGCCAUCACAGAAGUACAACGUUACCUGGAGGAACCGCUACCAUCUGAAAAUAGCGACCCGCUGAAAUGGUGGCGGGAACAUUCCUACAAUUUUCCAUUUCUCUCAAAAAUUGUUAAACAAAAAUUUUGUACAGUGGUAACAUCAGUGCCAUGUGAAAGGGUUUUUUCUAAAGCCGGCAAUAUUUUAAACGAAAGGAGGACUCGGCUGUCCUCAGAAAAAGUAAAAAAGCUUGUUUUUUUGAAAUAUAAUUCAUAA